AUGGUCAUGUUGAAGAAUGCUAGUGGAGUUUCUCUCAGAACACAAUUUUUAUAUGUUCUUGUAUUUAUUACUCGAUACGGUAUUGAUUUAUUCACUACCUUCCAUUCCGUUUAUAAUACUGUGAUGAAAAUUUUCUUUAUUGCCUCCUCGAUAAGCAUUGUACAUUUGAUGAGAACAAAAUACCGUUCCACCUAUGACAGUGAAAACGAUACAUUCCCAUUGUAUAUUUUGAUUAUUCCCUCUGCUUUGUUAGGAAUUAUUUUCACUGAUGAUUAUUCAUUGUUCGAGUUGUUGUGGACAUUUAGUAUUUUCUUAGAGAGUGUGGCUAUUAUGCCUCAAUUAUUCUUGUUGACAAAGAAGGGUGGAGCUGAAGCAAUUACAUCUCAUUAUGUAUUUUUGCUAGGAGGUUAUCGUGUUUUGUACAUUUUGAACUGGGUCUACAGAUACUUUGCUGAGGGAUACUCUCCUUAUAACGCAUGGCUUGCUGGAUUAAUUCAAACUGUGUUGUAUGCCGACUUCUUCUACAUGUACAUUAAGAAAGUCAUGCUUGAUAAACGUUGGGAGCUACCAGGAGCUGCCAACAUUUUGGACAGAAAAUAA